AUGAGGGAAGAUAGACAGAAAAGAAACCGUGAAGAUAGUGCUGAUGAAAAAAAUAUACCGCCUCGCAAGAGAUCGAAAACUGGCUCAACAGAUGACGAAACAGCUAGCACGAAAUUACGUUCUGCCGUGCCCAAAGGCUAUAAAAUGAUGGAAAAAAUGGGCUAUAAAGAAGGUGAAACACUAGGUAAGAACACGAAUGCCCUCAAAGAACCUAUUAAGGUAAAAAUCCAUUCCAAAAAACAAGGUAUACGUACAAGUAAGCCUACUACACGCACAGCAAAUGACAUACAGACAAGCGAACAGGCAUUUAAAGAACGGGAAAGUAAGAAGAAGAAAAAUAAGCAGUUAGAAAAAGUUUGGUACAACAUGCAGAAAACUGCUUUUGAAAUGACGGGUGACUCUGAGUUAUACAAUCCAGGCGAGGAUCCGAGAGACUUUAAUGUACUAUGGAGAUCAUAUGUGAUACUCUUGAAUGAUAAACUAAGAGAAAACUUAAGUAACAGUGAUAGUACAAAGGCGAAGGACAAAGUGAAACUGGUAUCAGAAGAAGAGUUAGAGUCUUCACUCGCAGACAAAACAAAAGCCAUUAAAGAUGCCCCUGUCGUAAUAGAGUACGAUACCACAGUUAUUGAUGACGACAUCAUAGAAGAUGGCGAAUUGGCUGCACUAAGAGAGCUAAGCAUAGAAAAAAGGAUAACCAAAUUAAAUGUUCUUCUGCGAUCUGAAAAAUAUUACUGUUUCUUUUGUGGGGUACGGUAUAAGGAUGAAGGCGAUCUUUACGAGCAUUGUCCCGGUACAAAUGAAGAGGACCAUGAAUGA